CCAAAGAUGCACCCAUCAUAGCCGUACAAUUCCAUUCAACUAAAGCUGAACACAACGGCAUGGCUAAAAUAGAACAUUCAGGGUCACGGAUCACGGUCACGCAAUAUUGGAAGGAGAUGGCAAAGGGUUAAAGAUCUAAACACUUAAUUGAGGAAUGAAGACAUACCAUGAGGAUGCUGCUCCUGCUGGUUUGAUUAUUACUCUAUGACGGUCGUGGAAAGAAGCAAAGAAAAAGAUAAUUGUCAGAUUCGGAUUGAAGACGACAACGUGAAACCAAUUUCCAAGUGAACAAAACGAUUAACCAGCGUUACGAGGAAGACAAGGAUAUUAUAAGCAGAUUGCGUCCACUGUUUUAGCGCGAGAACUGGAGUAAUACACAGGUCGAGGCAGAACAAGAAAAGGAUAUCAUUUGAUAGACUGCUGAUCCUUUGUACUUUAUAUGCCCUAUGCUUAAUGAAACCUGUGGCGCAUGCGCAUCAUUGGAUACCAAAGAGACACGAAAUGAACCACUUUGUCCACGUUGGACCAGCACACAUUGUCAAACGACAAACAUUUUCGCAGAAAAUGCGCUUCGAAGUUGUAUAUGACGACAGCAUUGGGGAUUUGGAUGAAGAAAAGUACGGUUUAAUUACAGGAAAACUCAUCCCUGAGGCAGUGGAUUAUUUCCAUGAAGCUUUCAGCGUAAAGCCGACUAAACAAGCUAUAAAAUUACAGCGGACGUGUCAAAAUAAUGCUUACUUCCUUAAGAACCACAAAGGAGACUCUGCGGGCGAUAUUCAGUUUUGUAAGCUAAAUUGUGUUAACACGCAGUGCGGGCCUGUGAAUGUGCCUGCUGACCACCUUGAUCAAUGUCGCGUGUGUGACGAGGAUGGCGUCAAAUGUUUCAAUGUCCCUGGUGAGGAGUGGGAGUCUGGAAUGGGUGUAGAGUCACGUGAUUUUAUACUGUAUGUGUCUUGCAUCCAAACGGACCACUGCAAUGCGGCAAACGCGGUAGCAUACGCGUCUUACUGUCAGCAGGAGCAUGCACUAGACAGACCUGUUGCUGGGUUUGCAAAUAUUUGCCCUAAACGCUUAGACACGGAUCCCAGACACUACCCAAAUUUGCUGUCCACCGUAAAGCAUGAAAUAUUCCACGCCCUGGGAUUUAGCGCGGGACUUUUCGCGUUUUACAGAAAUGAGAACGGCGUGCCAUACACGCCGAGAGAAAAACACGGUCUACCUCCGUAUAACGAGAAAUUCGGUUUGUAUCAAUGGAGCUCCAAAAUAGUCCAAAGGAUGGAAAGAACGCAUUGGGCGACGCGGCAUGGAGACGUUUCUCAUCAGGUACACAUGAUUGUGACGCCACGAGUAAAGCGAGAGGUACGAAGGCAUUUUAACUGCCCGAGUUUAGAAGGAGCCGAAAUUGAGAACCAGGGUGGUAUAGGAACAGAAUACACUCACUGGGAAAAGCGUUUAUUUGAGAAUGAAGCCAUGACAGGGACUUACACGCAAAAUCCUGUUUUCUCGAGGAUAACCUUUGCUCUUAUGGAAGAUACAGGCUGGUACAAACCAAAUUACAGCCUGGCGGAUGAGCUCGAUUGGGGAAAGGGACUUGGUUGUCUUUUUACCAAAGCGAGCUGUAAAACAUGGAUGGAGAAACAUUUGCGAGAAAAGCAGCAUGCGGUGCCUUUCUGCUACACCAUCAAGAAAACUCCACUGCACAUGAGGUGUACCCACAGCAAGCUGUCGGUAGCUUUGUGUAACCUUCGUAAGUACAGCCGGGCCAUACCAGAGGAAUAUCAGUAUUUUAAUCAUCUACCAAUCAGCGAAACAAACGCAGGCUGGGGAGAACUCGGCAGCGCGCGCGGCGUGGUUAUUCGAGACACGGCAUGGUACGGUGGCGCUGUUCCAUUAGCAGACUACUGCCCGUUCUAUCAGAAAUUUACUCUAACUGAAACGGAUGGCGCGAAACGUGAAACGACGUGCACGGUACCAGAGAACGCACCGGCCCGCCUUGAUAACUACGCUUUAGAGCAUUACGGUUCAGACGCGAAGUGCGUCGAGCAAGGUCGCGCAUGGUUGGCCAAGAAAGGAUUUUUAACGAGAACAAUGGUUGACUGGGGAAGCGGAUGCUAUAGGUUCCAUUGCGAUGGAGGAUUACAGGUGGAGGUUGGGGGCGAGUUUUACACCUGUCAUCGCAAGGGACAACUUCUUGAAAUCGUCGGCUCCCUGAACGACUGGAAGAUAAACGGAUCACUGAUUUGUCCUUCUUGUGAAGAAUUCUGCGGCACCCAUAAGGGCUGCCCACAGGAAUUGAGGAGUUCUUCCGAAGGGAUCGCGUUUGUUGAGGGAGAAAGACCGACCCACAGAAACAAUGCGCACAGUAUUAGGAUAUCGACCUCAGAAUCAAUUUAUUUCAUAAUUUCAAGAGUCUUUUUAAUUUUUACCGUGGUGGGAUGUUUUGUUCCCGGUUUUCAUUUCUAAGAUAUUUUUGUCUGGAAAAGUUCGUUUAACGGAGUUUGGAAUGUGGGUCUCAUUUUACUAGAUCAAAUAGGAAUGAUUUUGAAUGCUGCGGAAAUAUAUUUUGACAAAAUUCACUUAGAGUGGAAGAGUGCAGAGAUAAAGUGGAACAGUCGCCUUACGUACUUCCCUUUUUGAUAUAGAAUCGUAAAAUCUGUUCAAAGAACCAAGGUUGAUCAAGUGCAUGUUAUUUUCAUCAUUAGCCACUUUGAAAUGCCCCUAUGGUCAAUAUCACGUAUUUACGAGAAAGUUGAGCUAGGAGACUGAAACUCACGUGUAUGAGCCUUUGGCUGAACUGGGUUCAUCUCAAGUGAUUUCUUGAUUUAAGUUAUCUGGGCUCCCUAGAUUAAUGUCACGUGCCCCAAAAAAUGUUGACCAAAUGUUUUGGUAGAGAACGACGGGAUGCCACCUGCGACGUCCAAGUCACAUGACCAAAUUCGAAGCACGUUAUUGGAUAUUAUCUUAGAUCACUGAAGGAUCACCCUAAUCAUGCAUGAGGAUCGUGAAAGGUUCAGUCUGUCAGCCUGGAAAACAAUAGUUUCAUGAAACUUUUGUUAGUACAAAGAAAAUCAGUGCACAUUGGAUGCAAAUAGAGGCUGAAGAUCACACCAAGGUAACCAAUAUUUGGCACACCUUUCUCUCCCUUUGUUGAAGCUUACGUGUUCGUCCUUAAACCCCGUCCCCUCCCUACUCAAAAUUUGGCUAUGCGAGCCUUGAACUAUGUAUGAAGCACGAGCCGGGGGGGUAGGGGGAUGGGUAAGAGGAAAACACUUCAAAUGUUCAGUAUCCUUUGAGGAUUAGAUAGUCACCAGAGUUUUCUAGAUUGUUAUUAAUAAAGCAAUAAUUUUGUACAAUUGUCA